UUAGAUGCAAUCAGUUCUUUGCAGCAUAACGUGAGACGCAGACUAUUCACAUCAAAUAGACAAAUGAAACUCCUCCAAAAAUUGCUGAUUACAAUGGUUUAUCUAGCCACCUUUCAACCUGGCAUCCCUGCGACCAGCUACAACUGCACUGACCACUUCAAAAACUAUUGCGUAAUCGAAAACGUAACAGCGGAAACUUUCCCCACCUCAACCUUCCCGGAGGAAAAAUCACUGCUAAUACAGAACAGCACAAUACCGGCCUUCGGUGAGGAACAGUUUCUCCAGCUUCCGACGGUGGAGAAUCUGAUGAUACAUCAUCUGAAAAUCGAACAGUUGCAGCUGGCCGCCUGUAAUUUACUAAGCACACUUUUCGCAAGCUACAAUCACAUAUCGGAGCUCGACGUUGCCGAAGGAUUAGCACUGCGUAAUUUGCACCUGUACCAGAAUCUACUCCGAAACGUUAGCGCACUUCGAGUGCUAACCGAGCUAGAACAGUUGUACCUAAACGAUAACCUGUUGGAAGUCUUGGAUAUCGAUACUUUUGCCGGGAUGAAAAAUCUUAAAAUUUUGACACUGCACCGAAAUCUGCUAACUGCCAUUGACACCAAACAGGCAGUGAACCUACCAAGUCUAGAGUCCUUGUUCCUCCAGCACAACCAACUAACCUAUCUGGACACUGGCUUGUGGAAGAUGCCAGCACUUAAGAAACUCGAUCUUAGCUCGAACGAGCUCGGAUUUUUGUUCACAUUCCUGGAGGAGUUUCCUGCGCUCCGAACUUUGGAGCUUCACGAUAACAAAUGGAACUGUGCCUGGCUGGGCAAAAUGGUGGAACGAUUAGAAAGUCGCGAAAUUCAACACUCACAGAUGGAUGCUACCUGCGACGGCGUGUUAUUUAGCAGCGUUUGCUGUCUUACCGACGGCGCAGCUCCGGAUCCAAUGAUGCUGUUAAUCAGCAGAACUGCCAUCGUGGACGACCUACACGACCAACUGGGGAACCAGCAACGGAAGGUGGAUGAUUUGGAAGAAAGUCAGCGAAAGCAAACUCACAGCUACAAGGAGAUGCAACGUAAAAUUGACCAACUGGAUGCGCUCUGUCGGGGAGAAUUAUAAACGAGUUCGGAUUUACUAAAAAGUGUCUAUUUGUUUCAAUUAGUAAUUUUAA